AUGCAGUGCCCCGAGGCUGGAAAGCCUAUAAUUAAAUUCAACCACUGCCAGAAAUACAUCUACGGCUUCAGUGCACCAGAGUGCUGCCCUCUCUGUGGGCAGGACAUGGGCUGGAGGGAGCUGGAAGACGCUCCUGUCAGCAUCUCUAAGCCCUUUACCAAUGCUCAUCAAGAAAAAUGUUCCUUCCUCCUCAAACCAACACAGGGGACCUUUCUUAGGGAAUAUGAUGGAAAGUCUGAUCUUCAUGUCGGAAUAACCAACACAAAAGGAGUUGUGUAUAAUUACAAUGUGCAAGGUGUCCAUCGUGAUGUAGCAGGAUGGGAACAGAGUAUAAGCAUCCCAUUAUUGCAGCCCAACAUGUAUGGACUGAUGGACCAAUGGGACAGGUACCUGGAGGACUUCUCAAACUCAGGGAUCUGGCUGCCUCACAGGUACGAGGAAGAGUGUCACAACUGCUACAGUUACAGCCUCACCUUCAUUAAUUGCAUCCUGAGUACAGAAGGCCAGGGGCAGAUGGACAAGAGAGAGUUCACAGAGAAGUAUGUGCUCCCAAGGACAAGGAAGGCCUCCAAGUACAUCACACUCUACCGGGCCAUCCAAGAUCACGGCUUCUACGUGACUGAGCAGCCCCAGUGAGAGGCCAGUCCUCCUAAAGAAAGAGCUGGGGCGACAAGCUCAAUAGGUACUACAGAUUCCAAAUGA